CUUUUGGAGACACCUCAAGCGUCCUUUUUUUCUCCACGAUGGACCAAGAAAAGUCAACAGAAAAGCCAGCUCCGCUUGAAGCGAGCUCCCUGAAAGGUGUCAUCAUCAACGAUGUUUCAACCUAUGAAGCCCUCAAUCUGCAUCGCGAGGCGCUCGACAAUGAGCUCACCGAAGAGGAGGCUAAAGCAUUGAGAUGGAAGAUUGAUCUGCGGUUGAUGCCCAUUCUGUGCAUCACAUAUGCCCUUCAAGCAAUUGACAAAAACACCCUCAGCUAUGCUGCAGUGUUUGGGGUGCGUGAAGAGAUCAAUCUUCAAGGGACGGAUUACUCAUGGGUCAGCGCCAUCUUCUACCUCGGCUACAUGGUAUCGGAAUUUCCUAGCAAUUUACUUCUGCAGCGUUUGCAAAUCAACCACGUCAUGUCAGCUACUGUUAUUCUUUGGGGGGUUGUGUUAAUGUGUCACGGCGCCGUGCAAUCCUUCGCUAGUAUUUCUGCGGUGCGAACGCUGCUCGGUGUGUUUGAGGCGGCAAUCCAGCCCGGAACGAUGUUACUAUUCAGUAUGUACUACACCCGUUCGGAACAGCCGUUUAGAUUCGGGAUAUGGAUUGGUUCGUCGGGUGUCGGUUACAUUCUUGCCGGCAUCGCCAGCUUCGGUAUUGGUCACGCCAAAACAUCUCUCUCGUCGUGGAGGCUUCUCUUCAUCAUCUGGGGCUCCAUAACUGUCGCGUGGGGAACUUUCUGCUGGGUUGUCCUCCCUGGGCCGCCCAUGAGGGCAAAGUUUCUCACCCAAAAGGAACGAAGUCUCGUUGUCGGACGCGUCAAGGACAAUGGAACCGGAAUUGAGAAUAAGCAGUUCAAAGCAAAACAAUUCCGGGAGGCUAUGCUGGAUCUCAAGACUUGGUUGAUUUUCUUGUUUGCUGUGACUAGCAACUCGCCAAACGGAGGAUUGUCCGCCUUCCAAGGCCUCAUUAUCAAAGGAGCAGGCUUCAGCACACUUAGAACCACGCUUCUUCAAAUGCCCUCCGGGGCCGUGCAGUUGGUUGCAUGCCUCUUGGCCUGUCAUUUUGCGACCCGAUAUGCCAACUGCAGAAUACUUAUCAUGCUAAUUGCGAUGAUUCCAUUUCUUGUCGGCCUGUUGGGACUGCGGCUCCUGUCUCAGGAUAAUUCAUAUGGCCGGUUAGCAUGCCUAUGGGUAACCUUUUGCUAUACAGCAGCUGGAACGCUAAGCAUGUCUGUUGCUAUCGCCAACACCGCUGGUCACACUAAGAAAAUCACUACCAACGCCAUGCUUCUUAUCGGAUACUGUAUAGGGAACUUUGUCGGGCCGUUCUUCUUCAAAACUGGCCAGGCACCGCUCUAUCCACUUGGUGUGGGAAUGAUGUUCUUCUGUCUAGCUGUCCAGGUGAUGUGUCUCACUGGCAUUUGGGUCUUGCUGUGGCUCAGAAACAGAUCAAGGGCAGAGUUCCAUGCACGGGCAAUCGAGGACCGAGCUUGGGAGCGAGGUUUGCUGGAUGAAACGGAUUUGGAAAACAAAUACUUCAAGUACGUUUACUGAACGCUUGC